UGAUGCUGAAAACUGAAGGCAGAGCUACAUUUCAAACUGCGCGGUACUCCGCCAAGGCUCUAUUAUCGAAUUAUAAGAGUCAAUAAACAUCUCCAUUCCUACAUUAUUUCAUCACUUCCCAGCAAAAUUCUGCACAAGACGUUAGUUAGAAGCCGUAAUCGACUGGACACUAAGGAUCUCUGUCCUAAUAACACACAAACUAUUCAGAAAGAUUGGUACAUCGUUUGCAAAACCUCGACUAAUUAGCAAGAAUCUGGUCAAAUAAUGGCUUUUAGUUUUAGAUCUUCUAAAUACUUGCUCAUAGCCUUAAACUUGCUCUACUUAGUUAUUGCUUUCAUUCUUGUUGGCGUUGCUGCGUAUGCCCGGCUAAGCAUUUAUGUGACGAGCGUUCACAUUGUUGGCGGUAUAAUAGCUUGUGGAGUCUUCCUCUUUGUGCUUGCUGUAGUUGGAUUGUUGGGCGCUAUCAAACAUAACCAGGCAAUAUUAUUUUUCUAUAUAAUCCUACUUUUCAGCCUCUUUCUCGUCCAAUUUUCUGUAGCAUGCGCUUGUCUCUCACUCUCUAGUGAUUAUCAACAGAUUUUAGUUGAGACAGCGUGGAAACAAAGCUCCAAUAACUCAAAACUAACUGUCAUGACGGCGUUUAAAUGUUGUGGUCUCCAUAAAGUCGAUCUGCCUCCAUCUGACCCACUGGGAUGUCCCCCGUGCAAGUUAGCCAAGUCUAAUCUACUCACUUCAAGAAAUCAACUUAGCUGUUAAGUCAAAUUUCUUUCGUUACUAACACUCAUAUCUAUCUACAAAUCAUCAGUCAAUAACGAUGUAAGACAUAAAUAUGCGUUGACAAUAUUACAUGAGUACAGAGAACUUGUAUGUUGGGGGAUGUACUGGAGUUUGACGCUUUUUAGUUAUUUUACGGAGGGACGUUUGUUCCUAAUAAUCAUGAAAAGAAAACUAAAUUAAUGAGGGUUUUGUUUACCCAAGAACGUAACUAUAAAGCUCAUGGGACAACUACCUGAGGUUAGUUGUAUACAACCUUUUCGUAAUUAGUUUUUGAUGUAUAAAUCCAUAGCUUUUAUUUUUCAAAUUCACUCAUCCUUUUCGAAUCGUAAUUUCUUUGCGUAAUCUUUCUGAUACUACUGUUACCUUGACUUCUUAUUCAGCUUGUCAAUUUCAUUUAGAUUUUUGUAUGUUAAGUUGGCUCAAUGUAAAUUUAUGCCAGGUUCUACUCUGAUCAUAUCUGUCACUCAAUCUACUCACUAUAACUCGCAGUAGAUGAUUAAGUUUAUAUACUGUUUCCAUUUGAUAUCCUAAUUAUAUCAAUUUAUUAUAAAAAAUUGUCAUUCAAACCAUUGAUUAUUUCAAACAUAUACACAAACAUCAAAGCCAAACAACAAUCAUCAUCAUCAUCAUCAUAAAAAAAUGAGGAAGUUUUCCAAUUGGCAAAUGAAGUGAUAAAAAUUAAUUUACUGAAAACUAUUCAAAGUAUAUUGAUUAAUUUAUCAGUUAGAAAUAUUGAUUAACUGAUUAUGGUUUCAAAUAUUCUAUCAGACAUUCAAUAACAUACAAUAUUCAUUCUUUAAUAUCAGAAGAAUGUCUAUAAUACUAGAGAUUAAAUAUAGAAGAUAAUGAAAACUAAUUUGGAACACAAUGAAAACCUACUCUUUCUUCCAAUAAAAGAAAAUGAAAUGAAAUGAAAUCCAAUAAAAUUCAUGUAUAAAAUAUAUUUUUUUUGUAUUUUUUUUCAUAUUCUUAUUGCAUUUUUAUUUUUGAAAUAGAUUUACAAAUAUUUCUUGAUUAAAGAUAAAACAUUGAUUAUAUUGUCUUGGUAAUUGUUGCUUCAUCAUUAUAUUAAUUUAAAACUAUAUAAAUCUUCCACCACCACCUCCUUCUUCCCUAAUAUUAAUAAUAAUCAUAGUAAGUGUUAAAUUAAAAUGGUUCAGAUACAAGUUUAAUAUUAUUAUUAUUCAUUUCGUUGAAAUUGAAUUUUUUCACUUGAAAAUUAGAUUUAUGCUCAAUAUUAUCAUAAAUAUUGUGAUUUGAAUCUUCUUUAUUACUAUUAUUAGUAUUAUUGUCAAUAUCUGUUAUAUUGAAUUGUUCAGGAUCCAUACCACCAUAACAAAUUGUACCAACUUCUAAAGAUAAUUCAGAAUCAUAUAAUCCAUUAGUUGUUAUUCGAAUAUCUCGGAUUGGCAAUAAAGAUGGUUGUUUUGUACGUACAGUAAGCAGAAGACUUCCACUUUGUUUUUGCUAAUAAGGAAAAUCAAUAAUUCAAGUUUUUUUGCAAGAUUAUACAUAAAUUGAAGAAAUAAAAAGCCUAAAGAAAGUAGUUAUCAUGUCAUUAUGUGUUAAAAAACGAACAUAGAUAAGUACUCUUUAGAGAGAGGUGUAGGGUACUAUUAAAUUAAAAAAAGAAACAGUAUUCCAUUUCAGGAGUACUAACAGACUCAACGAAUUUAAAAUAGUUCUCACUGACAAAUUCCAAGCCUUACAAAAUCUACUCAAGAAAGAGGAAACCACUCAAGUUGAUCAACUGGAAAGAGAUUAAACAAGCACUAACUUCAACGUGUCAGGAAUUGCUGGGUCUCAAGAAGCAUCAUCAUAAGGAAUGCAUCUAUACCGAUACUCUGGACAGGAUUGGAGAAAGGAAGAACAAGAAGACAGCAAUUAACAACAGUCGAACAAGAGCACAGCAAGUCAAAACAUAAACUGAAUGCACAGAAGCAAACAAACGAGUGAAGAGGAACAUUAGAGCCGACAAGUGGCAAUACGUGGAAGACCCGACAAUGACAGUGGGAAAAGCUGAAAGAGAAGGGAACAUAAGACAACCAUGUAACAUAACAAAGAAGCUAGUAGGGAAAUAUGGUAAACUAGAGAGAUCAGUCAGGAACAAGGAAGGGAAACCAAUCACUGAGAUUCAAAAGCAGCGAAAUAGGUGGAUAGGGCAUUUUGGAGCUCUUAUAUAGACCAGCCCUCCGAACCCAUAGGACGUUGAAACAGUACAAACAGAUAUUCCUAUGGUUGUCACUUCACCAACGAUUGAAGAAAUAAGGUGGCCAUCAGACAAAUCAAUAGUAGGAAAGCGACACGAUCAGACAACAUAGCAGCUGAUGCGCUAAUAAAAGACAAAUAAUUAACUACAAAUGUGCUCCAUAUUCUAAUUAGGAAGAUUUGUUAGCAAAAAUAAGUGCCACUGACAGACUGGAAAGAAUGAUAACUCGCCAAGAUACCAAAGAAAUGAAAUAUGAGCAAGUCUAAGAACUACAGAGGCAUCACGCUACUAUCAAUACACGGAGAUGCUUGCAACGUUGUUUUGUUUUUCUGGAUGAAAGAUUCAGCAGAUACCUAGCUUCGGAAUCAACAGACUGGAUUCGGUAAGGAUCAAAUCUCGACACUACAGAAUUCAUACAACGGACCACAAUACAAAAUGGUGCAUUGAGGACAGUUGAUAGAUACAUUCCAAGUGAGGACCGGUGUGAGACAAGGAUGCUUACUCUCUCCUUUCCUCCUUCUUCUGGUAAUUGACUGGAUUAUGAAGACUUCGACAUCUGAGGGGAAGCACGGAAUACAAUGGACAGGUUGGAUGUAACUAAACGAUUUGGACUUCACAGGUGAUUUGGCUCUUCUAUCCCAUACACACCAACAAAUACAGGUGAAGACAAACAGUGUAGCAGUAAACUCUGCAUCAGUAGGCCUCAACAUACACAACGGAAAAAAGUAAGAUCCUCAAAUACAAUACCGAGAGCACCAACCCAAUCACACUUGGUGGGGAAACUCAGGAAGAGGUCGAAAGUUUCACUUAUCUUGGUAGCAUCAUCGAUGGACGUAGAGGAUCUGAUACAGAUGUGAAGGAAAGGAUUGGAAAAGUAAGGACAGCAUUCCUAUAGUUGAAUAACAUAUGAAACUCAAAACUACUGCCGGCCAUCAUCAAAGUCAGAAUCUUCAGUACAAACGUCAAGACAAUUCUAAUGUACGGAGCUGAAAUUUGGAGAACUACCACAAACAUCGUCUAUAAAGUACAAGUGUUUCUAAACAAUUGUCUGCACAAGAUAGUGAAUGUCCAUUGACUGGAUGCCAUUAGCAACGACCUACUGUAGGAGAGAACAAACCUGCUUACAGAGGAAGAGUGUAUCAGGGAAAUACGUUUGAGGUGAAUAGGACAUAUGUUGCCGAAAUCAUCAGAAUGUAUCACAAGGCAAGCUCUAACACAGUCUUAUAAGUAACAGUUAAUUAUACAUCCAAUGUUGUACUUAUAACUCAUUGGUAGAGUGAAAUUUGGUUGUGUAAUGUCAUAGUUUAAAUACCUUAAAAUAUUAUCUACUUAUUUAAAUUCAGUCACACCACAUCUAGAGGUAAUCGAUUAUUUUACAUAUUCUCUUUAAACUUUUCGUUUUGUACCUAAAAGUAUCUACUUUGUGAUAGCAUCAAAAUGAACAGUUAUCUACAAUCUUUCAUAUCGUUUAAUCUUGAAAACAGUAUACAAGUGUAAUAACAUCAUUUUUGUACACUUAUAACAACUUUUUUCAAUCAAAAAAACUCAAAGUGAAUUUAAAUUUUAUCUUUAAAACUGUGCAUGGAUAAUUUCAAAUACACAGACUCAACCAAACAAACAGGAAAAAUCAAUCUAAUAUACUAACAUUAUUUCAUACAUGUACCUUGCUCACACUGCAGUUUAAAACCUUAUUACUUGAACUCAACUAACUUGUAAAAUUACCAAUUAUUUCUCUCAUUUCUCUGGUUGAAUACAAUGUUUUUUUUAAACAUACCUUAGUGUAUCACAGCGUAAAAAAGUAGAAUUUGUCUUAAUGAAUCAGAAAACCACCGAUGAUCAAUGUUCAGAGAGAAUUUCUAAUCAAAUUAGAGAAAUAAGAUCAAGAUCGAAAAUCUUAUGGAAGCUUAUCAAUAAUAAUGAUCAAUAUUUACAAUCCAUGAUUGAAAAAUAUUUCAUUUGAUUUUUUUUAAUUUCCUACCUAACUUUGAGUUUUCAUGGCCAGUCCUUGAACCAUUGAUCUAAGCGUCAGCAUCAGUGAAAAUUUACAAAUUAAAAACUUAAUUUUAUACAUUGAUUAACUUAACAGUAAUGUACGAAAUAUUUAGCUAAAGUGUAUAUCUACCUUUAGCAAUAUUUUCUUUAAUUUUAAUAGUAUUUAAUUCUUGUAAACAUUUGAUUUCAUACUUGUCAUUAGUGUCGUAUUAAUUUUACUAAUAAUGCCAAUUCCAACUAGAAAUUACCUACUCUUAAAAAAUUUUACUCGAGUUCAUAGAGUUCCUAUUUGAUGAUUAUAUUUAUAAAUUCGUUU